AUCCGAAGCCCAAGCCAAAAAAGCCCACAGCGACCAUCAAAUAUCAUCGGAGAUUGGAAAGUAGAAAUUGUUUGAAAUUUCACAUCCGAAUCGGAACAUCGUCGGAGCUCAUCGGGCAUCCGCAAAGAGCUUCAUCGUGGCUCCCUCAGGGUUACAACAACAUCAAACUCUUACUAGAAGGAAAUCAGCACCGCCGUCGACAUUGAAUCAAGCCGGUGCAUCGGGCUCGAAGCGAAUAGUGCUGAAAGAAUCCUCAACCGAAUCGGACCUUGAUCUUCCAUUUUGGCAAAGAACCUCGUUCAUUGUUCUCUUACUUCUCAUGGCGAUUUCCUUCUUCGGCCUCGCGCUUUUUCUUUUUCUCACCCUGGACUCUGAUUACAUAUCAACAACACCUGUCUCCGCUGCUUCCGAAGGCGUCCAGAUUACAUAUGGAUCCGCGAUUAAGUUGAUGCACGAGAAGACAAAGUUUCGGUUGCAUUCCCAUGAUGUGCCAUAUGGUUCUGGCAGUGGGCAGCAAUCGGUCACUGGAUUUCCCGGCGUAGAUGAUGCUAACAGCUACUGGGCUGUUAGGAGCACCGACUCGUCCAAGCAAGGUGAUCCUAUAAAGAGUGGAAGCAUCAUCAGGCUGCAACAUAUAAAGACAAGAAGAUGGUUGCAUAGCCAUUUGCAUGCUUCUCCCAUAUCAGGAAAUAUGGAGGUCAGCUGCUUCGGUGAUGACAAGGAAUCUGAUACCGGGGACUAUUGGAGACUUGAAAUUGAGGGCAGUGGGAAAACUUGGAGGCAAGACCAAAGAAUCAGGCUUCAACAUGUGGACACUGGUGGUUAUCUCCACAGUCAUGACAAGAAAUACACCCGAAUUGCUGGAGGUCAGCAAGAGGUUUGCGGUGUUAAAGAAAAACGUCCAGAUAAUGUUUGGUUGGCAGCAGAGGGUGUCUACUUCCCAGUUACUGAAAAAAGCAAGUAAAGAUUGUUGAUAACAGCAUGUUAGCUGAAUUUUAUCUGUAGAGACAGAUUAGUUACUAAUGUACCAAAUCUUUUCUAGUACCUUGAGCUGUUGUUAGCAUUUUCACUGUUGCAAAUGGUAACAAUUGGUUGAUAAUUCUUCGCUGCUCGGUUUCCUUGUUACUUCCCUCAGUUGAGGAUGAUUCUGGAUCAAUUAUAAAGAAAUAGUUAAAAUGUUAGCCUCAUCUUCUAAUUUGA